GGUAAACGUGGGUGGUAAAGAGACCUUCCGCUGCGUAAAGCCGGCUCGACCCGGAAACAAAAUCUUUUUAAAAACUAUUUACACUCUGGAGGAGCGGGAGGAAUUGACGUGUCAGGAAAACUGGACGGCUUCUCAGGUUGCUAAGCGACGAGGCAGAAGAGCGCGCGCACGCACUGUCCGCUGGGGAGUACCUGAGGGAUCUGUGGCGCCGGCAGCUCCGAGACCUAGGAGACGGAGUGAACGCGCCGCGCCCUCUCGGGUCCUCCUUUCCUAACCAGGGGACCCUCCGCCUCUGGUAGUGUCCGGUGACGAGACCUGCACUACCAGAAAUGCAAAAAGGAGUUCUUGAGGCUGAAGGGAAAUGAUACCAGACAGAAACUUGGAUCUUCUGGAAGAAUGAAGAGCACCAGAAAUGGGAAAUAUAAAUGUCAAGGUUGUGACAGACAAGGAAAGACUGAGGAGGUGUUCCAAAUUGAAGAGGACCAAAGAGACAUGACAGUGAGAUGCAAAACAUGAUCCUGGACGUUAUUGGAAGAAUUAAUGAAAUUUGAAUUGGGUCUCUGGUUUAAAUGGACAGAGAUUUUUUUCUGCCGUCAGAUGUCUUUCUGCUUGACUGAACUGCACCUGUGGUCUUUGAAGAAUACCUUACACAUUGGGGAUAGAGACAUUGGGAUCUAUCAGUAUUAUGACAAGAGAGAUCCACCCGAGACAGACCAGGGUAACUUAGAAGAAAAGCAGAAGCUGGCAGAAUCACGAGAUUAUCCAUGGACUCUCAAAAACAGACGCCCAGAAAAACUUCGAGACUCACUCAAGGAGUUGGAGGAGCUGAUGCAAAACAGUCAGUGUGUGCUGAGCAAAUGGAAGAACAAAUAUGUCUGUCAGCUCCUCUUUGGUUCAGGUGUGCUGGUGUCCCUAAGCCUUUCUGGGCCGCAGCUGGAGAAAGUGGUGAUUGACAGAAGCCUGGUGGGGAAGCUCAUCUCAGACACCAUCAGUGAUGCUCUUCUCACAGACAGCUUUAUCAUCUUAUCAUUUUUGGCACAAAACAAACUAUGUUUUAUUCAAUUUACCAAGAAGAUGGGUUCUCCUGAUGUAUAUACAAGACUGGAAAAGCUCUCAGCCUUGGAUUAUAAGAUUUCCUAUUAUGAAAUACCUGGCCCAGUAAAUAGGACAACCGAGCGUCGUCUAGCUAUCAAUUGUGUUCAGGAUAUAGUUGUUUGCUGGUGGCCAUUGGUCAGUGAUGAUGCUUGGCCCUGGGCCCCGCUUUCUUCUGAGAAGGACAGAGCUAAUCUGCUGCUUCUGGGUUAUGCUCAAGGAAGACUGGAGGUUCUAAGUUCUGUCCGCACAGAAUGUGAUCCGCUGGAUGUUUGCUUUGGCGCCAAACAGCCUUAUCAGGUGUUGACAGUGGAGCGCUCCAUCAGUGUAGACAAAGAGCCCAUGGCUGACAGCUGCAUCUAUGAAUGUGUUCGGAACAAAAUCCAGUGUGUAUCAGUCACCAGAAUACCACUAAGAUCUAAGGCCAUUAGCUGCUGCAGGAAUGUUACUGAAGACAAACUGAUUCUGGGCUGUGAAGAUUCUUCAGUAAUUCUUUAUGAAACUCACCGUAGAGUGACUCUCUUAGCCCAGGCUGAACUUUUGCCUUCAUUAAUAUGCUGCCACCCAAGUGGCGCCAUUCUGCUAGUUGGCAGCAACCAAGGGGAGCUGCAAAUUUUUGAUAUGGCUCUAUCACCUAUUAACAUUCAGCUCUUGGCUGAAGACCGCUCCCCCAGGGAGGCUCUGCAAUUCAAUAAAUUCUUUGAUGUUUCCAGCGGUCUUGUUCAAAUGCAGUGGACAGCUCCUCAGGUCGUUACUCAGAAGCCUGAAAGUGGGGACAUCUAUGAUCUCCUCUUCCUCAGGUUUGACAGAGGACCUUUGGGUGUACUUCUCUUUAAACUUGGUGUCUUCACACGAGGACAGCUAGGCCUGGUAGACAUCAUCUUCCAGUACAUUCACUGUGAUGAGAUCUGUGAGGCGAUAAACAUCCUGAGCAGUAUGAACUGGGACACCCUGGGACACCAGUGCUUUAUCAGCAUGAGUGCCAUUGUAAACCAUCUUCUCAGACAAAAGCUCACUCCAGAGAGAGAAGCACAGCUUGAGGCAAGCCUUGGAACCUUCUACGCUCCAACAAGACCACUCCUGGAUACAACUAUAUUGGAAUAUAGAGACCAAAUCAGCAAAUAUGCAAGAAGAUUCUUCCACCACUUGCUCAGGUACCAGAGAUUUGAAAAGGCAUUUCUGUUAGCUGUUGACAUUGGUGCUCGUGACCUGUUUAUGGACAUCUAUUACCUUGCACUAGAUAAGGGUGAACUGGCACUAGCUGAAGUGGCAAGAAAAAGAGCUAGCGACAUUGAUGCAGAAUCAAUAACCUCUGAAGUUGCCUUUUUUUCAGGCCUUAUGCUUUGACUUCGAUUACUAUCCCUUGACAAAGACACCAUUCAAUAACAACAGUAACUAUCAAGAGGUGAACAUCUUAGAUGAAGUUCUACUCCACUUUUGUUCCAGAAAACUCAGGUGACUCCCACCCACAAUUCCAAAUGGAAUUAGGAAAGAGUCUGUUUCCUCAUCAUAGACUCUGCCUAGUUCUUCCUUAGAGCCCACAUCAUGCUGGGGAAAGCUAAUUUUUUCUCAGAUUCCCUCAAUUUAAUUCAACUGUUCUCUCAAACUUUUCCCAAAGCAGAAAGUAAUUAAGUUUUUGGCUUUCAAAGGGGUUCUUUGAUGUAAGCAAGAGGGCAAAUUAUGUAAGGUAUCAAAAGAGUAUUUUUAAGUAGUAGCAGUUCCAUUUACAUGGGAGAGUCUGUAAAAAAGCAUCACACAUAGUAGCUGUCAACAUAGUUAAAAGCAAGAGUUGCCAAAGGAGAAGUUGAAUAAUGAUAAUCUGGACAAUUUAGUAAUUUUUUUUUUUGGUGAAGAAGAUCAGCCCUGAGCUAACAUCCGUUGCCAAUCUUUCUCUUUUUGCUGAGGAAGAUUAGCCCUGAGCUAACAUCUGUGCCCCUCUUCCUCUAUUUUGUAUAUGGGAUGCCACCAUGGCAUGGCUUAAUGAGCGGUGCGUAGUUCUACACCUGGGAUCCAAACCUGCAAACCCUGGCCCAGCAAACCAGAGCACGCAAACUAAACCACUACGCCACGGGGCCAGCCCCAGAUUUGAUAAUUUUUAUUGAAGUAUAACAUACAUACAGAGAAGUAUAACAUACAUACAUAAAUGUAUGACUCAGUGAAGUUUUACAAAAUGAACACAUCCUUGAAACCAGUAUCCAGACCAAGUAACAUACAUUACCAGGACCCCAGAAGCCCUCUCAUACUGCCUGCAAGAUACUACACCCCCAGCCCAACUAUCCUUACUAUAACACCACAGGUGAGUUUUGCCUUUUUUCAAACUUUAAAGAAGUGGAAUCACACAUAUAUUCUUUUAUAUUUGGCUCCUUUUAGUCAACAUUAUGAGUGUGAGAUUCUUUCAUAAUGUUGCAUGCAAUAUAAUUCUUUCAUUCUUAUUGCUGUAUAAUAGUAUUCCAAUAUAUGAACAUAGUACAAUUUUAUUCAUUCUACUUUUGAUGGAUAUUUGGUUUAAGUUUGGGGCUAUUGUGAAUAAUGUUGCUAUGAACCUUCUUGUGUCUGUCUUUGGACAUAUGUACACAGAUCUGUUGUGUAUGUGGUUAGAAGUGGAAUUGCUGGGACAUAGGAUAUAUGCAUAUGUUCAACUUUAGUAGCUACUUCCAGUUUUCUGAAGUAAUUGUAACAGUUUACCUUCUCAACAGCAGUGCAUAAGAGUUCUUUGCUCCAUCCUGAAUGAUGCAUGGUAUUGCCUGUCUUUUUCAUUUUAGCCACUCUGAUGGCAAAGACAUGGUAAUUUUGUAUAUGCGACAGUAUAUAUAUAAACUGUUUCUGGACUCUUUAUUCCAUUGGUGUGUUUGUCUGUACUUGUACAAAUAUCUCACUGUUUUGAGGAACUCUGGCUUUAAGUCUUAAUAUCUCAUAGUGCAAGUUGUCCAGCUUUGUUCUUCUUUAAGAUGGCCAUAGGUAUUCCUGGCCAUUUACUUUUCCAUAUAAAUUUCAA